AUGGACGAUAACACUGAAUGUCCUUACGAUUCUACGAAAAAUAGAUACAUCUUCUAUGAACACACUGAUAAAUAUAUGGAGUAUGAAAAGAAUUGUCCUCAAGAAAAUCAUUAUAAUCAAUAUGAGUAUAAAUGUAAAUUUCAAUUAUCAAAUGAUGAAAAAGAGCAAAUGAAUAUUAUUACUAUUUGCAAAAGAUUUCAUUGCUUACUUGAUAAAUUGUUUCCGUUAUCAACCAAACACACAAAUAAUAAUGAAUAUGUUGAUUUGGAAUACUUGAACUAUUGGUUAAAUUAUGAACUCCAUUUAAAAGGUUCUAGCAUUUGCCCAAAAUAUUUCUAUCAAAUUUUGAAAAGUAUGGAUAAUAACGACAUAUUAAGUGAAUUGAGUAAAAAUUAUGGUUAUAUUGUAAAUGAAGAGGUUAAAAAUAUGUAUUCCCUAUACAAUUUAUAUUAUUACUAUAAUGAAAUGAAUAAAGAUCUGAAUAGAGAUACACCAAUAGAAGAAACAGUUAUGGUAUACGCUAACAAAUGUGUUGAUGAAUAUCAAAAAUUUGAAGGUCAUUGUUCUGAUACAACAACAAACUUUUUGUAUUGCUUUAACUGCCUUUAA